AUGGCGACUGCGCCGCGCCGUCAUGUCCGCCGCUCCGUCGUUCCUUCAGCCAGCUCGCGGUUGUCGUUGUUCACCUGUGUCACUCUAAUGUAUUUCUUCUUCUCUCCAGCUCCACCCAGAUUUGUGUCUCGACUGGAGAGUGCUUGUCUGAUAGAAGGAGAAGAUAUUCAGUUUACCUGCUCCACUCUUACUGCUCCUUUACCACGUAUCAGGUGGUUGAAAGAUGGCAGAGAGUUGACUGACCCGCAAAAAUACUUCAUCCUGAACGACGCUCGGAGUGGGAUCUUGUGUCUGACGGUCUUCAGUGCAACAGAGGCAGAUAUCGGACAGUAUGAGUGUGAGCUUUUGAAUGAAUUUGGCUGUGUGAAGUGCAAGGCCGGACUGUGCCCCGCUUAUGUGCCACCGAUUGAAGACGACCAACCACAGGACUUACCUCCUAAAGGUAGGGCAGCCAGAGCCGCUGAAGAAGGUAAUGUACUCUUUCAUUUUUCAUUUUCCAAUGAUACAGCAUACAGAAAGUACAGUCAAUGCAACAUUAUAAUAGAUUAUUUGAAGUAUCUAAUGCUUAAAUUCCUACUGACUGGCAUUUUCGUUUUUACAGAUGCUGACUCAGAGGGCUGGUCCACUGCCUUUGUGAAGAAAUGGCUUCAGACUGAUUUCAGCCCCACCUCUAUUGCUCAGAUGCUCUUCCCUCCUGAACACCCAGAACAAGCUGUAGUGGGUAGCACUGAAGAGGCUGUUCCCAUCUCAGUACCCAUGGAUCAGGCGGUGCAGCAGCCUCUGUGUUAUCCAGAGGAAGAAGAGGAGAUCUACAUCUCAGAGCAAAUGCAGGAGAUCACAGAUGCUCCUCCCAACGUCCAGGUACCGGCUGAGGACCUGUGUGUAGAGCCUGGCCAACCAGCUACAUUUACUGCCAUAAUCACAGGAAGACCUGCUCCUAACAUACAGUGGUACAAGGACGAAGAGGAGCUUACAGCCAAUGAGAAUGUGGAGAUAGUGCAGCAUGGUGCGCGCUGCUCAGUGACCAUAGUGUGCCCAGAGGGUGAGGACAGUGGCGUAUACACCUGCUUCGCCUACAAUGACUCCGGUCACGCAUCAUGCCAGGCAGAGCUGACAGUGGAGGAAGGGCUGCUGGAGUGUCAGGAGAGAGAGGUGGAGCUGGGGAAGAGAAGAAAGUUAUUUUCUGUCUAUGACGUCCACGAGGAAAUUGGAAGGGGAACUUUCGGGGUGGUAAAGCGUGUAAUCCACAGACGAACAGGGGAAGUGUUUGCUGCCAAGUUUCUGCCUUUGCGGAGCAGCACUCGGACCAGGGCCUUCCAGGAGAGGGACCUGCUGUCCCGCCUGGCUCACCCCAGAGUGGCCUGUCUGCUGGACUUCUUCUGUACUAGACGUACUCUUGUGCUGAUCACAGAAAUCUGCUGUUCUCAUGGACUUCUGGACCAUUUAUUACUGAAAGGAUCGGUCUCAGAGAAAGAGGUUCAGUCGUACAUACAGCAAAUCCUUGAAGGAAUCGGCCACAUUCACAGCAUGAACAUUUUGCAUCUGGACAUUAAACCUGAUAAUAUCCUGAUGGUGUAUCCGCCCAGAGAUGAGAUCAAGAUCUGUGACUUUGGCUUUUGCCAAGAAAUAGACACGUCCAGACACCAGUACAGCAUGUUUGGUACACCAGAGUUUGUUGCCCCUGAGAUUGUUCACCAAGAACCAGUGACUGUGGCCACUGAUAUUUGGUCUGUAGGUGUUAUAGCCUAUAUUUGUCUGGUAUGCCGAUGCCCUUUUGUGGGUGAGACGGACCGUGCCACACUGCUGAGGGUCGGGGAGGGGACCCUAAACUGGGACGCCCCUGAUGUGACGUACAGGAGCCCUGAGGCUCAAAGCUUUCUCCACAUGCUCCUCCAGCCAGAUCCAGAGAAACGACCUUCUGCCUUUGAGUGCUUGAGCCACCAAUGGCUCCAGGACGAACAUGCAGGAGAAGAUACUGAUGAAAUCAACACAAAGACUUUGAAAAUCUUCAUCUCGAAAAGGAAAUGGCAGCGUUCUUUGACUUGCAUUGGGUCAGUUCUCACACUGAGACAUAUCCCUGAGCUGCUGGAUGCUCCACUCAGAGAGACUGCGGUGACGGUGCCUCGAGAGCCCCAGGAACACAGCAGCACCUCCCCGAGCAGCGGCUCCUCGUCUGAGUAUGAUGAAGCUGACUCUUGGGACUUUUUCCAGCACUACAGCCCGACUGAGGAGGAGGAAGAAACAGAGGAGGACUAUGAUCCUUUGACAGAGAGAGCGCAAAUCCCCGACUCUUUGGCCAAACUCCACCUGGAUGCAGAGGAGGAAGAGGAAGUGACAUUAGGGGAGGAAGAGGAUGUGGAGAUGGUGGGAAGGAGGAGUGUACUAGAGCGGAGUGUGAGCAGGCAGUCAGUUGCGUCAUCAGAUGUGUCGAGCCAGCAGACUCCUCAAAGGGAGCGCAGGUUCAGCAGGGACAGCAGUCAGUCUCUCUACCUAUCUGAUGGGGACGAGGGCUCAGGGAGUGACGGAGGUCGUAUUCCUCGUGGCAGCGUCAUCCGAAGCACUUUCUACAGCACCUCCCAUCAGCUCUCCCCCAUGUCUGCCAGACACAUGACAUUACGGGACAAAUUUCAGGCCAAGAAGCAGGAAAGAGGUCGGAAACCACUCCGGAGAAGUUUUUCAGGACGUCUCAACGAGCCUCUUAUUGAAUACGUGGAGGAUGAGACGGAAACAAAUCGUGGUCAGAGACGAGGGUCAGUCCAGCCCACAAUGCAGAAGUCCUGCUCCUUUGACAGUGGCGUUAGCCUCGCCCACACAAACGUGCCCCCUCAUCGGAGGAGCAGAUCUCUUGAUGAGAGUUCUCGACGAUCUCCCAGCUCACCCACGCGGACAAAGUCAGGGGAAGAAGAAGGCUCCCAAAGUCUAAAGGAAGAUUUCACAGAUGACGAAGUGGCAGGGAGAAACCGUUUGGCCAUCCCGAGCCCUCGGCGACCCCCAAGAAGACGAGGCUCCGUCUCUCCAGUAGAAGGGAGUCACAUGUCUGGUGGAUCGUCUGUUCCCUCAAGCCUCCUUACUGGAGACAGAAUGAGCCCCAGGUUGGAUCAGGAGCGAGCAGCAGGCGACACCUUCGCCGGCUCCCAGGGGUCUCUGGCUGAGUCGUCUAUUUUGGAGCAUGGUGGCUCUGAGUCUUCCAGUAGACUCGGCUCCUAUGAGGAGCUGAGUCACGGUCAUCUCAGAGGAAGAUACAGAUCAGGAGAGAUUGAAGGGUAUGAUGAUCAGGGGGAGCCUCUGAUUUCGCCAUCCCGGCACUCAUUCCAAGAAGUUAAACCUAGAAGCUCAUUUCCCCAGGCACCGCCGCGUAACCGCACUCGCUCCAACCCUAACUUAACCAUUAACAGUAGAGGUCAGCCAGGAACCCCACUAACAGCAAGCCCCAGUCCCAGCCUGUCCUCUCUGCAAGCCCCAGAGAGGCCCCCCAGAGCCCGGGACAAGAAGGAGGGCGGUGGCCUCCAGAGACAUGCGUCCGCUCCAGCCCUCGAAGCCCGGCCACCCACAGGCAAAUCACCCAAGCUGGGACUGCUGAGGAUCUUCCGCAGGCAGUCCUGGACCGGUCAUUCAUACUCCCAGCUGGACAACACAGAGUUAGGACCCACACUAGGAGAGAUCAUGAAGCCAGACACUCCUACCAUGUCUUUGAGGAAGAAAAUGAGAGCUUCAGCCUCGAGUCUGACCAAGCUGUUCUCCAAGUCCUCCAGUAAGGAGGAUGUGAGUAAAGGAGGCCCAAUAGUUAAAGGAUCCGCUCCCAUCCCUCCUGAAAGGCAUCGUAGCUCUGGUCUUGAGAGCCCAAAAAAGAGGACCUCCAAACUGCUGCCUUCUCUUAAAAUACCUGCAUUCAGAAAGACAAAAGAUCUGCUGGUCCGUCCCAACAAGGCUGAAGUUUUCCAGUUAGAUGGAGGUGGAGUCCUGCUGGUUUGGAAACCAGUUCAGUCCAGUGACCCUGUCACCUACUGUGUGCAGUACUGUACGGAUGGAGGGGAAUGGACGGUUCUGUCGGAGGAGGUCACUGAAAGCUGCUUUGUGGUAAAGGACUUACCCCGAGGAGCUUCUUAUGUGUUCAGGAUUGGCUGCAUCACCAAGACAGGAGCAGGACCAUUCAGUGAUGCUUCAGCACCUGUUGUUAUGGCAACUCAUCCUGAAGAGAUCCACAUUCCUCUCAUCCAGACUGAGUCACUGGGGUCAAAGGUCACUGGGUCAGAACAACAGACUGCACACAGGAACUACAGUUUUCUCUCUGAGAUCAACAGGGGCCGUUUCAGUGUAGUUACCGUGUGCAGGGAUGUUGAGACCAGCCAAGUGUUUGCUGCUAAAAUCACCCCAUAUCAGGCAGAGCAGAGACAGCUGGUGCUGAGGGAAUACCAGCUGCUGAAGAGGCUUCAUCACACUCACCUGGUGCAGCUGCACGCCGCCUAUUUCACCUCCCGUUACCUGGUGUUGGUGGAGGAGCUCUGUCCUGGCAAGGAGCUGCUCCACAGUCUGGCAAUGAGAGAUCUGUACGCAGAGUCUAACGUUGGCGAGCUGCUGGUUCAGAUUCUGAGUGCGGUCGAUUACCUCCACAGCCGUCGAGUCGUCCACCUGGACCUGAAGUCUGACAACAUGCUGGUGGAUGAUUGUAACCACCUGAAGAUAGUUGACUUGGGCACGGCUCUGUCCUUCACACCUGGUCAGCCUCUCAACGUCGAGCACAUUCACGGCCUGUCGGAGAGCAAAGUUUAUAUUGUCCUUCCUAAAGCUCCGGAAAUCCUUGAGGGUCAAGGUGUCGGGCCUGAAACGGACAUCUGGGCUAUUGGAGUUCUGUCCUUCAUCAUGUUGAGUGCCGACAGCCCGUUCCAUGCUGAGCACAGCUGGGAGCAAGACAAAAACAUCAGGAAAGGAAAGAUCCAGUUUGGGCGUUGUUACCCCGGUCUGUCAGAGGGAGCCUUAAACUUCAUGAAGAGCAGCCUGAAUAACAAAUCCUGGGGGAGACCCACUGCAGCCGAGUGUCUCCAGAACCCAUGGCUGCGAGCCCACCGAGCCCCACACAAAGGCCGGCACUCCAAAGUUUGUUUCUCCACAGACAAGCUUAAGGAUUACCUCAAACAGAAGGAGGAGAAACGAGACCAGGUCCGCACCAAGCUUCAGGGUCCCUUUUUCCAGUAAAGCAAAACUGCGAGGGUUUCACUUACCAGAAGCUUGCCCUAAAAAGUCUGCAUCUUUACAACCAGCUCGCUUCUUUUCAGCUUCUUUUGUGGCUCGUUGGAGCCAGGACAGAUUUCUGAAAUCAUUUUAGUAUCUUCUGAUUUUGAAAAUGUGAUGCGUCUUAAUGAGUGUUUCAAAAUUCAUUAUCCAUUGGCUUCUAUAUGUGAGUGUGCUUUUGGUUUAUAUGGAAACAUACCAGGGAUGAGUUUUAGUUAAAGAGCGCAUGAGUUGUAAAAUUCAGAUUUUGUGACAUUAGAAACUGUUGGUUGCUUCUUGGUAUCAGACAGAUGCACGUGUUUGGCCUUAAAACUGUUUUCUGUGCUUUUCUUCUUCAUACAGAAAGCAGAUCUUUUUUCUGAGUGACAUAUUUUAUUUAAAAAUGUAUACAUUUUUGCCUUAAAGUUAUAUUGUACAAAUGGGAACUCGAUUAGAUUUCUAUGCUUUGUUGAAUGCCUCAUAAUAUAUGGGUCAGUCACCUGCCCACAUGAGUUGAUGAAUGAAAGAUUCAUU